AUGGAACAGGAUGCGCGAAGGACAUUAUUUCAAGGGUUCAAUGCUGAAAGAUCUGCUGUUCUUUUGUGCACUGAUGUCGCUGCAAGAGGAUUAGAUUUUCCAAAAGUUAAACAUAUUGUUCAGUAUGAUUCUCCUGGGGAUGCUAUUGAAUAUGUUCACAGGGUUGGAAGAAUUGCUCGCCUAGGCAAAAAAGGAGAUGCUCUACUGUUUCUGCUGGCAGUUGAACUGGAUUAUUUGCAAGAGUUGCGGAAGGAUGGUGUCUCCUUGGAUGAGUUUCCUCUUCAAAAGGUAUUAGACUGUGUUCCUCUUCCUGGGGGCCAGAGCCGCAAGAAAGUAAUUUCAUUAGAUUUGCAUCCUUGGGUGACUAAUUUACAGAAGGCCAUUGAGUCCUUCAUCUCAUCUGAGUACUGGGUUAAUAUUUUCGCUGGACAAUAUUACUUUGGCACCAAAUUCGUGUAG